AUGGCCGGUUACUUGCCGCCGGGCUUCCCCUUCUUUCCUCCGCCUCCGCCGCGCUGGGCGUGGUCUCCACCACCGCCCCGACCAUCGCUUCAGCUGACGCCGCCGAGGUCCAGUGAUAACAGCUCGGCGUCCUCCGGCGGGAUCAUCGCGGGCGUAGCCAUCUCCGUCGGGGCCUUCCUGCUCGUAGUCACCUUCAUGUGCAGCCUCUGCCAGGGCCGCGGCGGCGACCGCGACAACGGCGGCCGCACGCACCGCGCCAGCCCGGCGGCGGGCCUCCCGUCGUUCACGUACAACCGGUCGGUGAGGCACAACGUGACGGGCGGUGGCGGCGAGGAAGCGGCGACGUGCUCCGUGUGCCUCGGCGCGUUCCAGACCGGGGAGGCGGUGCGGCUGCUGCCGCUGUGCCUGCACCUGUACCACGUCGAGUGCAUCGAUCCGUGGCUGGACGCGCACUCAACGUGCCCGAUCUGCCGGUCGGGCACCGACCCCAACAUGGACGGCAGCCUGCUGCCGCCGGUUUAG